AAUGUAUGGGAUAUUAUUGGUCCUUUAAUGAAUAGACUAGUUCCAGGUUGGGUAGCACUAACCGCAGAAGUUCAAGUAUUCCGUACACUAACCGGGACUUAUUUGGAAGCUUUUAACGAAGCAAGAGCAGGAUUCAGAACAUUG